AAGUCUCAGGUUGUUUCUUCUGAGUGAGUCUGGAUGUUUUUUUUCUCCCUUAACACAAGAUAGGUGUUUUUUAUGGUGGGGUGGGUUAAAGUUUAAUGACUUUGUGAUAGUUACACAUUGAGAACCCCAGUAAGCCCAUUACCUAUCAACUGCUGCAGACCGUGGCGAACAUAUACAGCGAGCAGGCUGUCGCUGAGGGCCGAGAGAGAUCCAGGUAUUAAAUAAGGCAGGUGUUGUUCCUCCACUGCAAAAAUGGUGAAGAAGACAAUCAUUUUGGCACUGCUGAUGCUGGUGCUGGCAUGCGUCGCCACAUUUGUGGGUGUCUUUUUUGGUGUCGGGAGAAGGAAGCAUCCGGAUGAGAAUGUGUACUUGAAGGCAGCUGUGGCAGCAGAUGCUGGGCCGUGUUCAGAGGUUGGCAGAGACAUGCUGAUUAAAGGGGGGUCUGCAGUGGAUGCCUCUAUAGCUGCUUUACUGUGUGUUGGACUUAUGAACGCUCACAGUAUGGGCAUUGGAGGAGGACAUUUCUUUACCAUCUACAACGCCACAACUGGGACGGUUGAAACCAUUGAUGCAAGGGAGACGGCACCAAGGAAUGCAACACAGAAUAUGUUCGGGAACAGUACAGAUUUAUCACAGAGAGGAGGGCUGGCUAUCGCUGUACCGGGGGAGAUUCGAGGUUAUGAGAUGGCACACAGACGACAUGGCAAACUGCCUUGGAAAGACCUGUUCCAGCCGAGCAUUGACCUUGCAAUAAAUGGUUUUCCUCUGGGCAGGGCACUUGCCUCUGCUUUGAAAAGUCACAAGAAAACCAUCAUCGCAGAUGAAGCCCUAUGUGAGGUGUUUUGUGGGGAAAAAGGUGACGUCCUGAAAGAAAAUGACACAAUCAAAUUCACCAAGCUUGCAGAAACCUAUAGAAAAAUAGCAGAAGAAGGUCCGAAUGCAUUCUAUGAGGGACCACUGGCUCAGAAACUUGUGACAGAUAUUCAGGCAGCAGGCGGUAUCAUCACAAUGGAGGAUCUGAAGGAUUACGUGCCUGUCUUGGAUGAGAAACCUUUAAGGGUGAAUGUGGGGGAGUACACCAUGGCUGUUCCCAAUGCCCCCGCUAGCGGCCCUGUGCUCUCGCUGAUAUUAAACAUCUUGAAUGGCUACAACUUCACAGCAGAUAGUAUGGCAAGCACUGAAAAAAAGAUCCUGACCUACCAUCGCAUCGUGGAGGCUUUCCGUUUUGCUUAUGCAAAGAGGACCUUACUUGGAGAUCCCAAGUUUCUGAACAUCACAAAUCUCAUCCAGAAUAUGACUUCAAACCACUUUGCCGAUGACCUCCGUGCAAAGAUCUCAGAUAGUACCACACAUCACAUGAACUACUACGAGCCAGAGUUUUACCUGCCCGUAAAAAACCAGGGCACCUCACACCUCUCUGUCGUAGCAGAGGAUGGAAGCGCUGUGGCCGUCACCAGCACCAUCAACCAAUAUUUGGGCUCCAAAGUCAUGUCAAACUCAACGGGGAUACUUCUCAACAAUGAGAUGGACGACUUCAGCUCUCCGCUCAUCACAAACGGCUUCGGAGUGCCUCCUUCACCCAACAACUUCAUCAGGCCAGGAAAAAGGCCACUGUCUUCUAUGUGUCCAACCAUCCUCUUCGAUAAAAACAACAAAGUUAAGAUGGUGGUUGGAGGUUCGGGAGGAACGAAAAUCACCACUUCUAUCGCUCAGGUGAUUCUGAAUGCACUGUUCUUCGACUACGACUUGAAGAAAGCUGUGUCAGAUCCAAGACUCCACAACCAGCUGAGUCCCAACACCACUGUAGCAGAGCCCGGCUUUGACAAAGACGUCCUGGAUGGUUUGGCAGAAAAGAACCACGAGACUGAGUUCCUGAAAUCAACAGGAGCCGUGGUGCAGGCGGUGGUUCGCUAUGACGACGGACUCCACGCUCAGUCAGAUCCUCGCAAGUGGGCGUACGCCGCAGGGUACUGAGGUCAUAAACACACCUCUGAUUAUGCAGAGAGACUGUAGCUGUGUGAACCUUGACACCAGAGCUGAGAGAUUAGAGAUUUAAUGAAGAACCAGGAACCAUUGUUGGCACCAAGUGUUUUUCCAAGUUAGAAAAACAUUCAUAACACGCAACUCAUUGAGUCUUGUGUCCAAUGCUGCAUUUAUGUCAGAUCAUUUAAUGUAAUUAAGACUAUGGAUGUUUCUUUAAAGGACAGCUUUACUAUCAGCGUUUUUCUUUAACACUGCCUCAGUCAUUAAUGUGUACACCUAUUUAUGAAGCAUUUUUGUGAAUCAUUAGCAGUAUGAAGCCAUUUCCUGUUGCUGUUGUCCAUAAAACAUAUGAUAUGUCACAUCUGCAGUAAUUACUAAUGACUGAACUAUUAACUAAGGAAAUAUCCACCAAUCAAGACUAACAGAGACCUCAAAUAUUCACAUUUUAAAGAUAUUCCACCAGGACUGUUCAUAUGAAGUGACGGGAAACAAAAGGAGAGCAGGAAUAUGCUAUUCAAACUAACGACUAUAACACCUCAGGGACAAACAGUCCCAUCUUUAUGACUUACACUAAUUUCCCACAACCAAGAGUGCAACGGCCUGUAAAUGGCCCCACAACAACAUUACAGCUGUUGCUACUCACAGGAUUCAGGGCUCUUCUGUUCUCAGCUGGAAUGUAAAUGUGUUACAUAAUUACUUUAAAGUGUAAAAUGAUUGUGCCUUUAUCAAGUUUUGCAACAAAUGACUGGUUCAUAUCAUGUAGAUAGUGUUGUAGCACAGAGGGGUUUAUUAUUCACAAUGCUUACUAGACACAUAUUUAUUAAAAAAAUAAAUGAUGGAUGAUCUCAGUGCGAAUGGAUAUUUUGUUUUCAGCAUUAAUGUUUUUAUUGUUUUCAUCAAAUUGGUACAAUAGACAUUGUAGAUAUUU